AUUGCCUUCUCAAUAUAGUGUUCGGCGUCGAACUUUUUUUUAGCAUUGUUGGUAAACGUGUUCAAGGCUCACUUGCUGUAAAGUGGUUACCGGAGCCCAAAGACAUUGCAAGGUCAACGCCGCUACCUAGUAUAGUAUAACGAGGCGCCAGUCGAAGACUCAGUUGAGGAGAAUAAUAGUUUCAUUUAGCUAUUAAUACUACUUCCUUAAAUAGCCUUUAAAUGUAUUAAGUUUUUUAAAUAAAUAAAGCUAAAUGUCCAAAAAAAUUAAUGUAUAAUAUAUAGCUGAUAACUAAUAUAGAAAUUUUCGAGUGAUUAGUUACCAUAGAAACCAAAUUACACACAAAUAAAACAGAAGAAUUUUCAAAUAUUUCUUUACUUAAUUGCUCUAUUAAAAAAUGUCACGAAAAUUAUUGAGUGAUAUAUAAAAGUGUUUUCAUAAAGUACUUUUAAAGUUGAGACAAAUUGGAGUUAUGUCAGAUAGCGAUGAUAAUGAAGUUCAGGGUCAAACAAUCAAGAUCACUGUUGUCGGUGAACCCGCGACUGGAAAGACUAGUUUAUGUACACGCUAUCUGGGGAGCAAUGCGAGUUAUACAGGUGGAACUCAAGGAGCUGAAGUGAUGGCCGGCCAGUGUCUGGGGCUCCGCCCCCCUGUGCCUCUGCAGUUGUGCGAUGUGGCCGGUAACGCAAUUCAUACAAAAAUGCUGGCUAAUUACUUGUAUGCCUCUGAUAUUAUACUCUUCGUGUACGACUUGACAAAUUUGCAAAGUUUUGAGAAACUGAAAUUGUGGGUUUCAACUAUUAAGAACAUUAUUGAAUCAGAAACAAAGAAACCUCUGUUGGCAUUGUUUGGUAACAAAUCUGAUUUGGAACACCAGAGGGCCGUCAGAAUAUCGUGCGUGCAAAAGUUUGCAUCCGAACAUUUGUUGGAAAAUUUCAAAGGUUCAGCGAGAACCGGAGAUAUGGUUAAUACUCUCUUCACGACUUUAGUAAGUAGAGUAAUGGGAGUGAAAGUGAGUCGACUGCCGCAUUCGUCGGUCAACACAAAGUCGCCUGUGCUCAAGGAGAACGAAAUAAAUUGUCAUUCACCGCUGCCCCUGCAAGCCGAGCCCACUCAUACUCUCAUCAUGAAUAGAAAAGCGUUGAGGAAAAUCCAAUGGAAAGCCUCUUCGACAGUUUGUUCUGUACAAUAAAAUAAGUUGUUUAAA